UGCUAGGUAACUGACAGGAAGUUAGAAAUCACGUUUAGUUUGUUGACAAUCUUACCGCAAUAAUAGAGGCGGGAGAAAAUGGAAAAAGAUCUUGUGUUUUUGGACCAUUCGGAGCUCUACAACUUAUUGCAGAAGUGUAAACGCUACCCUGCCCUUGCUGAUCCUAAUUAUCUUUUAUUACUGGAUACAAGAAAAGAUGAUGGUUAUCAAGAGGACCAUAUAAUCACAGCAAGAAGAGUUAAACAGGAUGAAACUGGCAAGAUGUUAAUACCUUACGAUGCUGAAUUAGAGUGUAAACAACAUGUUGUGGUCUAUGAUAGCAGCACUGGCUCAUCCAUUGACGCAGGUCCUUUCUUGGAUUUUGCUUUGUUGUUAUGGAAAACAGGGAGCAAAUAUAAAGUGAAGGUCCUUUCAGGUGGAUAUGAAAGAUUCUCAGCCCACUAUCCUUUUUUGCGCUCAAAGAAGAUUAUGUUCACUCAGAGGGAACUCGAUACUCUGCAACUUUAUCCUUAUGAAAUCAUUCCUAAAAAGCUGUAUUUAUGUAAGAGCUCUUUGGCCAGCCGACUUUAUGUCAUCAAAGAUUUGAAACUCACAGCCUUCCUCAACUGUACAGAAGAUGUCCUACCAAUGCCGCAAAUCCAAAACGUAUACCAUGUUCCACAAAGUGACAAUGACACAACAAACUUGUAUAAAUAUUUUCAAGAGUGUUGUGAGUUCAUAGAUGCAAAUGAAAUCACCCUUGCUUUUUCUGUUUUGGGAAUUAGUCGCAGCACAACGAUUUUGGUGGCAUACAUCAUGUACAGUACACAGAUGUCCCUUGCGGAAGCAUAUGAUUUUAUUCAGAAACGCUGCCAUUUUAUCCGACCAAACCGAAAUUUUAUCCACCAGUUGUCCGCAUGGGAAGGUUACCUUUCCAAUGGAACAGUGAAAACAAAUAUAGAAGACCCUUAUUUCUAAAGCCAGACAAACACUGAAUUUUCUUACUCAAUAAACAAACAGAAUUUGUACUCUGACAUUU